GCAAGAGCGAGACCGAGAGAGAGAGAGAGAGAGAGAGAAGGAGAGAAGAGGGUUUGGGUUCUUGGCUGGUUUGGAGAGUGUGGGAGAUGGAGAGUCCUUCAGUGAGGCUUUGCGAGGGCGUGAAUGGCCUCCAAAAGCUUGUUCUCAAAGAGAUUCGCGGUAGCGCUGCUGAGGUGUAUCUACGUGGUGGCCAAGUGACAUCUUGGAAAAAUGAUCUCGGAGAAGAGUUGCUUUUUAUCAGCAACAAGGCAACUUUUAAUUCUCCAAAAGCAGUACGUGGCGGCAUUGCGUUAUCCUUUCCUCAAUUUGGAACCCAUGGAGUUGUUGAACAUCAUGGAUUUGCAAGGAACAUGAUGUGGAGCAUUGAUCCUGAUCCUCCUCCUUUUCCACCUACCAGUACCAACAGGACUUUUGUUGAUUUAAUACUCAAGUUAUCUGAAGCAGAUCACAGGAUUUGGCCUCACUGCUGUGAAUGCCGUCUGAGAGUCACACUUGGACCUGGAGGAGAUCUGUUGCUCACCUCGCGCAUAAGAAACACCAGUGUCGAUGGAAAGUCUUUCUCGUUCACAGCGUCAUAUCACACAUGCUUGCAGGUCACUGAUAUCAGCGAAGUCCGUGUUGAAGGUCUUGAGACAUUGGACUAUCUCGAUAAUUUACAAGGAAAGAAAAGGUUUACAGAGCAAGGAGAUGCUCUAACAUUUGAAUCUGAAGUGGACAGAGUGUAUCUCGGUGCACCAACCAAGAUUGCAAUCAUCGAUCAUCAAAGAAAAAGAACGUUCGUUCUGCGUAAAGACGGUCUUCCAGACAUCGUUGUGUGGAAUCCCUGGGACAAGAAAGCUAAAGCCAUGCCCGAUUUCGGUGACAAUGAGUACAAGUAUAUGUUAUGUGUCGAGGCGGCUACCGUUGAGAAACAGAUCACUCUGAAGGCAGGCCAGGAAUGGAAAGGAAGGUUAGAGCUUUCUGCAGUUCCUUCCAGUUACUGCAGUGGCCAAUUGGAUCCUCAAAGGGUUGUUAAUGGAUAAAACAAACUCAGCCAGGUAAAUAUUUAUCAAGGCGUAUCGGUCCCGGUUCCCGGUUCCGGUUUCUUGGAGGACAUGGAAGGAAAAACAAAUUAGUUUUCAAAUGGAUGUAGAAAAGAAAGAAAAGAGAUGGAAACUGGGAAGCAGGACCAUUUGCUCUUCUGAUAAUUAGUUAUGAAUUUCAAAACCAGUGUUGUUGUAGUUUUUUGGGGGAUGUUGUGGUGUAUGAUGUAGACUAUGUAUUUUGUUGUUAUUGUUAUUUUGAUUUUUAUUACCAAAUUCAAAUGUUGUUCAUUUCA